AUGAAGCACACACACACCACCAAGGACCAGAGGGCACGGUGGACACAGACCCACAGGUGGCAACAGAUCUAUGGGCGGAAACUCCGAGAGGACGAGUACCUUUGCGGACGAGCCGUAGCAGAGCACAAGGAACAGCGGUGCCCAGGCGAGCAGAGCGAUACUCGAGUGGCUGACCAAGCAGUUAUCGACACCCUGCUGGGCCUGAGGCGCAUGGAUAUUAUGGAAAGGAGAGGCAGCAUGGUCAUCAAGGAGUUGGAGGAAGAGCGCACCUAG